AUGCACAGUAAGGAUCAAAUCUGUCAUGAAGACUACCAGAAAACUGCUGACUGGCUGCUGUCUCAAACACAACACAGACCCAAAGUGGCCAUCAUUUGUGGCUCUGGACUAGGCAUGCUGGCUGACGCAUUGAAAUGUCAGGACUCAUUUAAGUACUCUGAUAUCCCUGGUUUUCCACAGAGCACGGUACAGGGACAUGCUGGAAGAUUGGUGUUUGGAGAACUGAAAGGGAAGACCUGUGUGUGUAUGCAGGGCCGAUUCCACAUGUAUGAGGGACAUUCGCUAAAAAAGGUCACCUUUCCAGUAAGGGUCUUCAAACUCCUGGGCGUUGAGACCUUGAUCGUCACAAAUGCUGCAGGGUCCUUAGCAGACAGCUACCACUGUGGAGACAUCAUGAUCAUCCGUGACCACAUUAACUUCCCAGGCUUGGCUGGGUUUAACCCUCUCAACGGGCCCAACGAUGACAAGUUUGGACCUCGCUUUCCUCCCAUGUCUGGUGUCUAUGAUAAAGACCUGAGGAAAAUGGCCUUUGACAUCUGUAAAAGCAUGGGCCUGUCCCAGUUUGUCCAGGAGGGUGUGUACUGCAUGGUAGGAGGGCCCAACUUUGAGACCAUUGCAGAAGCCCGCCUCCUGCACAAAUUAGGGGUGGAUGCAGUUGGUAUGAGCACAGCUCCUGAGGUGCUGGUUGCCAGUCACUGUGGCAUGCGAGUGUUUGGUCUCUCUCUCAUCACCAAUAAGGUUGUGAAAAGCUAUGAAGACACAGAGAGUGUGAAUCAUGAGGGUGUACUGGAGGUGAGCAAAAUGCGCUCAGAGACCCUACAGUCGCUGGUCACAGAGCUGAUCGGACGCAUGGACAUCAACAACAACACAGCGUGA